AUGCUGAUCAAUGGAGCCUUGGCCAGCAGCCGGUCAACGUCCGUGGCCUCCGUAGCUCGUGGUGUCGCGAGGAACGGACGAAUGCCUCGGGGCAGCCCGCUAGGUCUAAGUACGCUAGAGGUGGCCGGUGGUGGCGGCUGCAGCAGCGUCAAGCGAGAGGCGAGAUCCGUCCAGGUCGUCUCUGGCAGCUCAAGGUCGAGCCUCGAGCCCGAGCUCUGCCUGGGUAUCAGGUUCCUCAAGACUCAGGGUUAA